AUGACAAGACAAUAUUCACUAUGGCUUUUGGAGCCAGUGAGUAAACGAAUCAAAGAAAAAUUAUGUGAACCAAUUUCAAAAGGAGGAGCUGAUUUGACUCUUGAUGAGGUUUCUUUAUUAGAUGGAAAAAUUCUCUAUACCAUCGCACGAGAUGUCAUCUCAUCCAAAGAUGAAUCUGUGGCUAUUAGAAACGUGAAUAAUCUUGACUUGACUUUAUUCACGAAAGUUGUCAAGUGGAUCCAUCAAUUUCUGUUGGAAGACAAGAUUGAGAUGAAGAAAUUCACAUCUCAAUCACCGUUCUUUCCAGAAAAAGUUGAAGUAAUUCUUAAAGAAUCAUACAGCGAAAAGGAAUUACUCAAUGAGUUAUUGAACAACUAUACACUUAAAGAUAGGACAAAGCCUCCCCCAGUAGCAGUAGAGAAGACGAGUUUUAACAUGAAACACCGUGACGAGGCGAUCAAAUUAAUAGUGGACAUAGCAGGAGCACAUUUCAGGUUCAAAAAAGGAGGUAAUAAACAAUGA